GAGAUAAACAGAUGCAGCUUCCGCAGUAAACUUCAUGCUCAAACCUCCGCACAAUAGGGGACAAGUUGGGUAAAAUCUCUCAAAAUGGGCCACUGUGUUUUCUUAACUUUAGCGGCAUUAUUUUCCUUAGCAUCGACACAGUUUGUACCGCCGUAUACAGAAGACUGCAGGGCUGAGAUGUACCCGCCAAAGGGUCCCACGUUCAGAGGAGGUGUCAGCUGGUACACUGUGGACCUGGACCUGCCGCCCAGUAAGAGAUGGGCAGCUGUCAUUUCUGACAAGAAAACAGAACUGGUUAGCAUGGUGCAGGCCAUUAAAGACUUGGCGGAUGACUUUGUGCCCAGUGGCAGGUUGAUAGAGCUGGUGGACAUCACACUACCUUUGAUGGCAGUUACACUCCCAGAACCUUUUGGUGAAGAAAUGAAAGGAAUUGCAGAAGUUUCAGGGAUUCCUCUAGGUGAAAUCGUCUUGUUCAACAUCUUCUAUGAGGUAUUCACAGUUUGCACAUCGAUUGUUGCAGAAGACAGUAAGGGUAACCUCAUUCAUGGCAGAAAUCUUGACUUUGGCCUGUUUAUGGGCUGGGAUGUGAAAAACAAGUCAUGGAUCAUUAGUGAGAAGCUGAAGCCUCUGGUGGUCAACCUCGACUUCAAGAGAAAUAACCAGACGGUCUUCAAAUCGACUAACUUUGCAGGAUAUGUCGGCAUGCUGACUGGCAUCAAGCCUCACGUUUUCACUCUGACCAUGAACGAGCGCUUCAGCCUCGAUGGUGGAUACAUCGGAAUUCUAGAGUGGAUCUUUGGAAACAGAGAUGGGAUGUGGAUGAGCUUCCUCACUCGCUCUGUCCUAGAAAAGGCAAACAGCUACGAGGAAGCCAAAAAUCGUCUGGCUCAGACCAAGCUGCUGGCUCCGGCUUACUUCAUCCUCGGAGGAAACAGCACAGGCCAAGGCUGCAUCAUCACUCGGUCCAGACUGCUCAGUCUGGAUGUCUUGGAGAUUGACUUGAAGCUUGGCCGGUGGUACGUCCUGGAGACAAACUACGAUCACUGGAAGGACCCAUUCUUCCUGGACGAUCGCAGAACCCCGGCCAUGAAGUGCAUGGACCAGACCACACAGACAAACAUCUCUCUAAAGACCAUGUACGAUGUGCUAUCAACUAAACCAGUGCUAAACAAGUUGACUACAUACACAACCCUGAUGCAAGUGUCUGAGGGAAAUCUGGAGUCAUACAUCCGUGACUGUCCAAACCCAUGCAUGCCCUGGUAAUGCCUCAACCUUGAACCCAGAUCAGUCUGUAAAUGCUUACCUGCAUGGAAAGCCUGUAACUGGGACAACCUCGGCUGAUGUUGGAGCAAAACUUUUAAAGUUUGUUCCUUUUUCAGUGUUUGCACUGUUGCCAAUCACCUAAACCAAAGUGUGGCGUUGUUAACGUGUUUGUUUUUCUGACAAUUCAGGUCUGCUUAAAGCUUUGAUAAAAAUACUAAAUCCUAGGUUUUUCUAUUCUGAGGGAAUUUUGUACAAAGGUGAAUCAAACUUGGGUUUUCCUUCUGUGAUGUUUACUGUCAACCAUGAGGAUGUUUAAUCUGCAGGAUGAGUCCUACAGUGGAUCUUAGUGUGGGCCAAGGGAAAUGUCUGCGUAUAGGUGUUUAACUAGACAAAUGUAAAAUAUUUCUCCAUCUUCAUGUCAAAUUUUGCCAAGCCAGACCACACUCACCAUUUUGUGCCUCCUCACUGUGACCCAGCCUGAGAGUAGAUGUUUAUAUAACCCUAAUUAAGCUGCUGACAACAGUCAAGUUAGAGGGUAAAACUGAUCAUUUCACACUCUGAUACUGACCAAUGUACCUCCUAGUUGAUUUGUUUUAUGUAUAAUAGAUGUUUAAUAAAAGGAUUCCCAAAUUUGA